AGUGAUUAAGCAGUCUUUUUUGUUGUACAUGAAAAUUCUGGGGAACAUGAAAAUUUUCAAUUAAGCGGUCUAAUUUUUUUUUGUUUCCCUCUUUCUUUUCAUAAUUCACAAACCCUCUCCUAAUUCACAAAUACUCUUUCUUUUCCUAAUUCACAAACCCUUUCUUUUCGUUUCAAUUCCCCCUGUUCAUCCCCCACAACUCAUCCCUCUCAAAUUUCGCACAUAAUUCACAAACCCCCUUUCUUUUCGUUUCAAGUCAGAUUACAGUUCUUUGUAGGCGGGUUGAAAUUGCUUGAAUCAGAGUUUGAAAUUCUUUCAUUAUCAUAAUUCGUCGUCAAUUUGGUGUUUGUUCUCAACACUAGUGAACAAGAAUGACAAAGAAUGGAAGUAAUAAGCCUGAAAUUGCCUCAAAGUCCAUUAUAACACCUUAUGAGAAAGUUUGGUCCAUGACAAUGGAAAAAAAUGCCCAGAGGUUUAGAGAGUUAAGGCUCGACAAGAUUGCUCAGCAACUGUUGGAAAAAAAUAAGAACUUUGCAAAAGGAAAGAAGAAUGUGAAUUCUAAUGUAGAUGAUCCAGACUAUGUGCCUGAUAAAGAAGAUUGUGACCUCGAGGAGUUUGAGAUGUCUAAAGAGAGAGAGAGAUGUUUUGACUGAAGCACCAACCUCUAUACCUAAGAAGAAGAAGGAAAGAACUAGAGAGCAACCACCUAGGAAGAAUAAGAAGCAGCCAUUGUGCCCAUCUAUGGCAAUGGAUGAUUUCCUUGUUACGCAAAAUCAAAUGGAUCCAGCUGAAGGACAACAAAUAGAGAAAGAUGUACAACAAUUAGAGCAAGUUCGACAAAAUUCUAAGCGCCGCUUUCGACCAUUAUUCCACUAGAAAGCCGAGGAGAAUAUGUUUCCGCACAAGUUCCUAAGAAGAAAGGGCGAGGUCCUUCAAAUUUGUUUGAUGUCCAUGCUCGCAAAUGGGAAGAUCGCGUAACUAUCUACUGUAAUGACAAAGGACAACCUAUCGGGCCUGAAAAGGCAAGGAAAGAGCUAACUAGAUUCUUAGGAACUAUUGCUCAUGAUUACAAUUGGGCUCCCUUGACAUACACAAAUUGGAAAAAAGUUCCAAAAAAGGAGAAAAUUUGUGAAUUUGUGAAUAGCAAAUACAUCCUUCCAGUUGAAGCUAAGGAUUGGGUAAUGGAGACUCUUGAUCAAUCUUGGAGAGGAUUCAAAUGUCGCCUCAAAAGGGAUCAUUAUUAUAUGUAUGACACCUAUGAAGAGAGAUUAAAGCAUCCUCCGGAAAGAGUGCCUGAAGCUCAUUACAAAACACUUUUAGCUUAUUGGGGAACAACAAUAGCAAAGAAAACCAGUUUGCAGAAUUUUGAAAAUCGGCAUGAACAAGACAACAUACAUACAAAUGGUCAUGUUUCCUUUGCCAUGAAACAUGAGCAGUUGCUACAAAAAGAUGGUGUGGCACCAUCAAAAAGAAGAAUGUUUGAAGAGACUCGACGACAAAAGGAGGGAAUAACUUAUGAUCGACCUUAUGAUGAUACACAACAGAAGAUACAAGCAAUGAGGGAAUUGGAAGCUUCUCAAGAUGAUCAGAGUGGUGAAUAUGUUAAGGAUCCAUUUGAUGAAGUUAUGGGAAAUGCACGUCGAGGUACAGAAUUAUUACAAGGCCUUGGUGCCAAUCGUAAGAAGCGAAAAGAUAAAGGACCUGGUACCUCUUUGAUUCUACCAGAAGAGGUCAUGAAGUCUAUCAAAAGUUCUGUAACUGCUGAUGUUCAAAAGGAUAUAAAUGCUCAAAUUGAAGAAUUUGCCAAGGAAAAAGAAGUUCAUGCUGCACAAGUUGCUGCACAAGAAGCUGAAAUAGAGAGGAAAACAAAGGAUCUUGAAUCUGAGACCUUAAAACUACAAGAGAUACGCAUGGAUAUUGAAAAUCAGCAAGGAAAUAUAACUCUUGAUGCAGUAAUAUCAGCACUUGCAAAACUACGCCAAAAAGAUCCUAGCUUGACUCCGGAAAUUAUUGCAAAAGCUAUCGUUUCAACCACUACAAAUGAUCCAUAAACUAUAUUAUUUAAGAUUAAGAACAGGAGAUUAUUUAUAUCCAAGUAUCAAGUGCUCCAUCAAACAUCUAAAGAUCUAUUGGAAUUUAAGCAAAAAUAUUAGAUUGGUUUUUUUUUUUUUAAUUUUUUUUUUAUUUUUAUUUUGGUUUUGGAAUUUUUAUUAGAUUAAUGUAUGAAAUAUUUAGAUUAAAUGUUUUUGUUGUUUGUAACAAAUAUUUAGCUUAUCAUUUAGAAUUGAUUUGAAUUAACUACGUAUAAAUUUUUAUGGAGAACUUGUACUAAUCGAUUAUAUGCUA